AUGGCUUCCUCACCAAUGGCCUGGCUCCUCGAGCGAGCCGCCACUUCUCCAGCAAAAGCUGGCAAGCCCAUCACAGAAUUUGAGAUCUGGGCAGCGGUCGAAGAUAAUCAGAGGGCUGUGAAAGUUGAACGAUCCGAUGCGCCAGUUCAUGUCCAGCAGUACCUUGCAGAGCGCAGAACUUUCAUUGAUUUCUGGGGAACUGACGAGCUUCACCUCUUUCCUGGUCCCAGAGUUGUCCCCUCUAUCGAGUUGUCGACCGCUACUCCUCCACCCUCUAUACUUCCCGCGGCUCGAGGGCUCUUCCUGUCAUCAUCUGCUCCUGGUGUGAGCCCUGUCCACAAUCCCACCAUCAAUGGUCCUGCCCUUCGUCGACAACCAGUCAUACCAACAGUCACAAAAGAACGUGGUCGAGGACUGGAGAGGGGGAAUGCAUACAGAGAAAGAUCCCGUUCACGGUCUCCUCGACGACGUGGGGACCUAUACCCUCCCAGAGACUGGGACCGUCUGCCUCGUUCUCGAUCCCCAAGAUGGGAAUCUCGCAUAGACCAUCGUCUUGAAUCUCUAGAACGUGGUCAUGACUCCUACCCCCGCAGAGAUUCGCGAUACCGAUCGCCAUCUCCGGUUGAACCUCGCCGCAAGCGACGUCCCUCCCCUCCAGCCCAAUCGAUGCCCGGUUCUUGGCAGGCGCUCGCUGAGAAGGCAGUCCCAAGUCAUCCUGCUGCUGCAAUCCACAGAUACACCUUCCCCGCCACCGAAAUCCGUCCCAGUACCCAAGAUGGUGUCAAGGCAUUGAAUACCGGUGCCGUACCAAAGGCUCAUAUCGAUCUCCGGACCCAGAAACCAUACCCACCACUGGAGUUUACGGAUUCACGGGCAAAAGACAAGCUCUUAGGGAAAUCCAGACAAGCACUUGCAGAGAUAUGUCGAUUCUUCCCCGCUGUAGUAUUCCAGCUUGAGGAAAAACCAAAGGCACCAAAGAAUCCCGCGACAUUGAGACUCUGGCUGGAAGUCAAGUCGAGCUCCGAUCCUACCAAUGAAGGAGUGAGAUGGCAGAUUGACGCCUGUCGUCGUGGGUUUGAAGCUUACCACAAGUGGGACCAGAUGGGUCUGCCGUGUGUGAAGGAUUAUUACUAUACCAAUAGGAGACUUUUCCAUCAUGGAAAUACAUUACAGGGGCGUAUAAUGCAGGGAUUAGGGAAGCCUAGGGAUGACCAGGAUUUGAAGCGACGAUCGGGAAAGAAAUAA